UUUGUUAGCAUAGCUAGCCGCGCGAUCCCGGAACCCUUCAUCCGCACUGACACAGUUGCUCACUGGUUUCGCUAACUGAACGCUCGAGCGCUGCGCUGCUGACAUGUCAGCAACGGGAAGCAGCAUGGCGCAGCAGGCGGGAGGCGCGCUCGGACGUGUUGGCUCAAUCCUCGCGAAGCCCAUCCCGCUGGGCCAGCUCUUUUCCAUUCCCAUCGAGCUUCACGCCUCGUUCUUCAUCGUGCUGGGCCUCCAGCUGCUGACAUCCAUCCCCCAAGGAGGCUGGGUCGUGUUGCUCUGGUCUAUCGUGCUGGGGCCGAUGCUGCUAGGGACAGUGCUGUUGCACGAGCUGGGACACUGCCUGGCGGCGAGGCAGGUGGGCGCCCACGUGUCCGGCAUCCUGCUGUGGCCGCUGGGCGGACUGGCCUUCAUCGGACAGACGCCCUCGCCCAAAGCGGAUGCGUGGGUGGCGCUCGCGGGCCCGCUGACCCACAUCCCGCAGGUGCUGGUGUGGUUGCUGUUGCUGCUGCCCGUGUAUCAUGCCGACACCGGCAGCUGGGCCGUCAAGCUGUAUGUGCCGUACCCGGAGGCGGCCCACUUCCUCCACUCCCUCUUCGCGUGCGGCGUCAUCAUCAACAUCUCGCUGUUCGCCUUCAACCUGCUGGUGCCCGCCUACCCACUGGACGGCGGGAGGCUGCUGGUGGACGGACUGCUGUGGGCGGGCGUGCUGCCGCGCAGGACUGCCUGGAUCACCAUCUGUGUGGCUGUGCCUCUGGGCCUGGGCGUCAUGGUGUACGGCUUCUACCCGCACUUCCAGAUGGUCACAAUCAUGGUGGCUGGAUUCAUCCUCUUCGCCACCUACCAGCUGUACCAGGCCGUGCGCGCCGACGCCCUGGCCCGCCACCCGCUCUUCUCAGCCGUGUAUAACAGCGGCGGUGCCGCCGGCGCCGGCGCCACGGGCGCCGCAGGCGGUGGCGGUCACGAGGGCCCCUACUUCAAGUUUGAGAGUGUCGUGGUGGAUAGCGCGGGCGGCGGCGUUGGCGCCGCUGGCGCGCCGCCGGCGCAACACCAGCAGCACUAGCGGCACAAGCAGCCGCACUGAGCAUGCCAGGAGGAGCGUGGAGUGGUUGAAUACGAGCAAAGAGUUGUGAGGCACGGAGAGCUCUGCCCCUCGAAGGAAUGGCCAUUCGGCACUAUUGCAUACCCUGUACAGCUGACUGCAUGAGGCUGUGUACGUUGAAGCGUUGUUCAUGUUACAUAUAUCGACAGUAUUAGGAAGUACGACAACCUACCAUGUGUGUGGGCACAGAGGGUCUGUAUGGCAAGCAUACGUCUGUGUACAGUACGCCCGUACCGUUACCCGUCCUACCGUUGUCUACCGCAAGCAGGUUUAGAAACCUUGCACCCUGCAGGACCAUGUACAGCAUGCAAGUCACGAGGAACCCACACCCGGCCUCGACCAAUGUGUACGAAGCACAAGCAUCUUACAGACCUUGGACGGGUGGACCAUGAACAGCGUUUGCACGGGGAAGUAACUCACUCCUUUCC